AUGGCAACCAAAAUCAAAGGGAUCUAUAAGGGAUUCAAGUACAUCUCCCAAAUCUUUGUGGUAAAGGAGCGAGAGAUGGAAAUUGGGUAUCCAACAGAUGUUAAGCAUGUGGCACAUAUAGGGUGGGAUAGUCCUUCUGGCAGUGCACCCAGUUGGAUGAAUGAAUUCAAGACACCUCCAGAUUUCUCAACAACCACAGUUGCUAAUCCAAGAGAUUCCAAUUCUGUUACUUUCUCCCCAUGGUCCUCUCAAGAUUUUGAUCUAUCUGCGGGACAUCAAACUUUGCCCAAUGUAUUCAAUGACAUUCCAUCUUCGGAUCUUCCAAAUGUUCCCAAGAAACCGAAAAUUAGGAAAAAGAAGACAAGUUCUUCCUCUCCCAAAUCUUCAUCUUCCACCACAAGAUCUUCCCGGAAAAUGAAGCAGAAGGCUAUGCAGUAUGAACUUGAGUCAACAUCAAAGGUAAAAGUAAAGUAA